UUCAGCCGCCGCCCUCCUCCAUUUUCGGUCACCACUCAGCCGGCCUCCUCUUCCAUCGAGUACUGUCAAGUUUCCAGCCGUCCUCCUCCUUUACGAUUCCGCUGCCUCCUCCUCCAUUUUCUGUCACGAUUCAGCCGCCUUCCUCCUCCAUCAUUUUCUGUCACGACCCAGGUGAAGGAUUCAACAAGUGAUUAUAAUAUCCAAGAGAAUGCAAAUAGCUGUUCUUACACAGUCAAGAUAACAACAAGCUGUUCUUCAACUCGGUAUACAAGAGACCAAAUUAGUCUUGCAUUUGGGGAUGCUUAUGGCAAUCAGGUUUAUGCUCCAAAAUUAGAUGAUCCAUAUUCAGCUACAUUUGAAAGUUGCUCUACAGAUACAUUGCAGAUAAAAGGACCUUGCACAUUCCAGAUUUGCUAUGUGUAUGUCUAUAGGAGUGGUUAUGAUGGCUGGAAACCAAAGACUGUGACUGUUUAUGGCUAUUAUACCAAGUCUGUUACAUUUACAUACAACACCUUUAUUCCUAAUGGUGUUUGGUUUGGCUUCAAUUACUGUAAUGGAGCCUUGUCAUCCAAUUGAACAAUAUAAGUACUGUCUUAGUGUCAUUUUGGAGUUCUGUAAGCAUGCAUAUUUAGCUUUCUUUUAUAUUUUCCUUGUAAUGAGAGCAGCUUUGUUUGUGAGAUAUAAUUGACAAUCAACUCUCUAUUCUAAAAGAAUGAUAAUGGCAUUGGAGUGUCUGUGUGAUAAUGGUUGAUAA